GAUUGGCCAGUCUCGCCUCGAGCUCAGUUUCUCAUUGAUGCGUUCGCUGCACUGCUAACCAUCGAUGUCCAUUUCUAGGUUACUGUAAUUUUGGGUCAUAACACCGGCAUCGUCUUCUUUUAGGAACCCGAAUCUCAUUUUUACCUCGUCCUUGCAUCUCCUGUUCCACAGACACAAUGACGGAAGCGGAUUUGUUGGAGCCAAAGCAGCACAAGCCGAGCAACGGGGAUGUUUGUUCAGACCAGACCAGGGAAGACGUGUUUGAUCACACAUACAAGGAGAAAGAGGGCCCAAAACCUCGCAAGAUCAUCGUGUGGAGAAAUGUCAUUCUGAUGACUCUGUUGCACUUAGGAGCCGUGUACAGCUUCAUCCUCAUCCCCUCUGCCUCUACGCUGACCUUGCUUUGGUCUGUGGUUUGCUUUUUCAUAAGUGCUUUGGGAAUCACGGCGGGGGCUCACCGCCUGUGGAGUCACAGAGCCUACAAGGCGUCCUUACCUCUGAGGAUCUUUCUGGGUUUUGCAAACUCCAUGGCAUUUCAGAAUGACAUUUUCGAAUGGGCUCGAGACCACAGAGUUCACCACAAAUACUCAGAGACAGACGCCGACCCUCACAACGCCAAACGGGGCUUCUUCUUUGCCCACAUUGGCUGGCUGCUGGUGCGCAAACACCCAGACGUCAUAGAAAAAGGCAGCAAGCUGGAGCUCAGAGACUUGCUGUCUGACAAAGUUGUAAUGUUUCAGAGGAGGCAUUACAAGAUGUCCGUGCUGCUGGUUUGCUUCUUCAUUCCCAUGUUUGUGCCGUGGUACCUGUGGGGGGAGUCCCUGUGGACGGCGUACUUUAUCCCGGUCCUGCUGAGGUACACCGUGUCGCUCAACGCCACUUGGCUGGUCAACAGCGCGGCCCACAUGUGGGGGAACAAGCCCUACGACCAGAACAUCAGCCCCAGAGAGAACAAGUUUGUCACUUUCAGCGCCAUAGGUGAGGGGUUUCACAACUAUCACCACACCUUUCCCUACGACUACGCCACCAGCGAGUUUGGCUGCAAGCUCAACCUCACCACAUGUUUCAUCGACUUGAUGUGCUUCCUGGGUCUGGCCAAGGACUGCAAGCGGGUGUCCCGCGAUGUGGUCCUGGCUCGCGUGCAGCGUACCGGAGACGGCAGCCACCGCAGUGGCUAGGAUUACAGAGGAGACGGCGGUCCUGGACCAAACAACCACGAGGAACAGUCCUUCGACAGCUAUACGUUUAUUCAUCUGAGGAUAAGAAGCAGCUUCACGAAGGCCUUGACCACAUUUUGCUUGUUUUUUGGGUUUUUUUGUAGCUGUAACUAAACAAAUCGUUCAAGAUAUAUAUAUAUAUACAUAUAAAAAACGACAUGCUCUGCUAAGCUCUUGACUUUGAUGUGCGUCGUUCAUCCAGGCCAAGGUCUUGCAUGUAUGUUUCAGGUUUGAAGUAGAUGUAUUUUGAUAGUCAGCUUUGUUCCUUGCUGUUUUGCCACUUUGGUGUGCAUUUUCCAUGCAAGAUCAGUCAUGUAGCCCAUCACUUUUGUAAAAGUAUUACUCAAUCAUUAACGAUAGAUAACACUUAGUGAAGGACUGACGUAGACUACCCACGUUUUCAGCAAAACAGAUAACGGACUGCUGCCUUUAUUACAGUUUACAUCAAGUUUUUAACCAUUCUAAAAAAUACAAAUAAAUACUGUAAGCACUUGAGAGUUGGAAAAAGAAAUAGAUUAUUUUUUGUCUUUUUUUUUCUCCCCAAAAAGUUGUUGGCUUUAAUGAAAUAUAGCACAUGAUCUAAAAGUGAGAGGAGCCAGACCUUCUUCUUUCGAAAAGUCAAAGUAUCUCGAAUAACAAACAAGAGCAAAAUAAUUCUUAAAUUGGACUUCUUUUUAACAAAAGGUGCCAAAAUUGCUAUAAGCAUUAAGUCGAUAUUGCCUCAACAUUUUACAGAAUUUUGGCUUUUCUUGACAUUUUUAUAAAAAGUCUAACUCCCUCCCAACAGUUUUUCUACUCCACUUGAGGCCAUGUUGGUCAAAACCAUUGCCACCCAUGCAUGGUGAUGUACUGUAGUGAGUGAAUUGUGGCAGAGCUGCAUUAGUUUUUGCUUUUUGAUCAUCAGAACCGUUGCCGUGGUGAUUUCUGACACAGGGUCUGGCUUCCCCUUUGAUAUCGUCCAAAGGUGAAUCUCCUUUUGAAAUUUCAUGAGCAUCAGUGUUCUUAUUUGUGUGUUUUUUGGUUUGUGGAAUGCUUUUUUUUUUUUUUUUUAAUAUAUGUAUUUAUUUUUUUUGUUUGUUUUCUUAAAUAAAUUGUUUGAACGUGAUACUUCUGUAUACCAAACUGCGGCAGACAGCUUUGCCUAUUUGUGUGAAAUAUAUCAGAUUUCAGCAGCUGUUUAUCAGGAUGUGACCCAACGCCUUAUGACUUGCAUUCAUUCCUUCAUAGUUAAAAACAAAUCGGACCUUGUCAGCACCUUAAGAGCUAGUCAAAAAUUGAGUUUGUCAAAACAAAAAAAAAAUGGUGCCAAAUUUUGGGCUUAAUAGAAUCGAAGGUUGGAGAAAAGAUGAGCCAUGAAAGCAGCACCACAAUCUGCAUUUUAUUUAUGAAGCCAGGGGUCAAAAGGUUUUCGGUCUGAAUGUGUCGAGUUUCAAUUGUGUAACCUAUUCUGAAAUAAAAUCCACAAUAUUUUCAGUACACCUGUAA